AUGGCGUUUCCAAACAUUUAUUCGCACCGGAAGGUGGCCGAAACAAGCGCAAGGGCGUGCGAGAUCUGCUUCAAGCUCAGCACAAGUGUCCUGGUCACGCCAGAGAACAAGGACUUCUUCUAUGUCUGCCCUAGCCACCUCAGGGACAAGGGGUUCUGCACCCCGAUCAUCGAUCAGGAGGCAGUCGAGGCCAGGAAGAAGAAGGAGCUGGAGGACGAGGUGGCUCGGGUGAAGGCCGAGUACGAGGAGAAGCAGCGCAAGAAGAAGGAGAAGGAGAAGGAGAAGAAGGACGGAGAGGGCAAGGGCAAGGGAAAGGGAAAGGGCAAGGACACCAAAACGGACGAUGACAAGAGCAAGGACGGGGAGGAGGAGGGCAAGUCAGAAACAAAAUCCCCUCUGGCCGAGGAAGAGCCCCGUGUAUUUGAGCUGAAGAGGACAUUUUAUACGCAGCGCGUCGAGAGGAAGCGGCAAGCCGAGAUGGCGAGGCGAAAUCGUGAAAGGUUGCAGAACCCGACCUUCUUCCCUUCGGUCCCAAAGGGCCUACCAUGA